AUGGCGAACUUUCAGCCUAUUGACAGGGCCAUUGCCCAAGGUCCGCAAUGCUUACUCGGAGAUCCCGAAUUUCGACGCCCAGUAAGAGAAUGCUUGCAACAGCUCUCCCACCACAAUGGAAGUCACAAUUAUCCUUACUGCUGGGGCUACACCAUCUUCCGCACCGUGUACACCCCGGGAUCUGAUGAGGCAUUUGCAAAAGCAAUCGAAAGGCUCGGUGUUUACGCCAAGAACUUUGUGGACGACGACAUCCUACUCAAGCCUCUGCCGAACAAAAAGGCUAGGGAUCCUUUGCCCAAUCAAGAACUUUGGAGCCGCUACUACAACGAGGUCGUGGAAGACCCAGAAACGCUAGCUAAUGCUGGCAUAGAGGAAGUGGGAAAAAGAUUUGACGCCUGGGUGAAUGAGCACCUUGCCCCAGCCUCCGGAAAGCGUUCCGCGCCCAACGCGCGCUUCUCUCUCUGCCUGAUGCUCGACCAGGAGGGCAUUGAUAGCAUUUUGGCCAUGCCUGAGGAUCCAAAAGUUGGUUUGAAGGGCGAUCCGGAUCUGUACAGACGUUGGGUCAAAGUUGUUACCGACGAGCAGCGACCUGAAAGCGGCAGGGUGUGGUUUCGAGUGGGAAUUCAAGGCAGCUUGUGGUCAAUGUGGUUUUCCAUGCAGGAUCCAGACUUCAUGUAUGAGGAAGUGGGAUGGCUAAAUGGGGACGACCAAGUUUACAAUUUCUGGGGCCAGAUGUAUGUUGACUAUGAGUACUAA